GAGUUGGAAACCAAAUUUACGUAGUCUAAACGCUGGGGGAAGGAGGGGCGGAGCUCACGGGAGCGAGCCCGCGUAGGGAUCCGAAGGGCCCCUGCAUUGGCUUUUCGGUUGCUGGGCUCCGUGGCCGGGUGGCGUGCGGGCGGGCGAAGCGCACGGGCAGCAAUGGCGACUUUCGUGAGCGAACUGGAGGCGGCCAAGAGGAACCUAAGCGAGGCUCUGGGGGACAACGUAAAGCAAUACUGGGCAAACCUAAAACUUUGGUUCAAGCAGAAGAUCAGCAAAGAAGAGUUUGACCUUGAAGCUCAUAGACUCCUCACACAGGAUAAUGUCCAUUCUCACAAUGAUUUCCUCCUGGCUAUUCUUACACGCUGUCAGAUUUUAGUGUCUACACCAGAAGGUGCUGGAUCUUUGCCCUGGACAGGUGGCUCUGCAGCUAAACCUGGAAAACCCAAGGGAAAGAAAAAACUUUCUUCCGUUCGUCAGAAAUUUGAUCAUAGAUUCCAGCCUCAAAAUCCCCUCUCUGGAGCCCAGCAGUUUGUGGCAAAAGAUCCCCAGGAUGAUGACGACUUGAAACUCUGUUCCCACACAAUGAUGCUCCCCACUCGGGGUCAGCUGGAAGGGAGGAUGAUAGUAACUGCAUACGAGCAUGGUCUGGACAAUGUCACUGAAGAGGCUGUCUCGGCUGUAGUCUAUGCUGUGGAGAAUCACCUUAAAGAUAUAUUGGCGUCAGUUGUAUCAAGAAGAAAAGCUUAUCGGUUACGUGAUGGUCAUUUUAAAUAUGCCUUUGGCAGUAAUGUGACCCCUCAGCCAUACCUGAAGAAUAGUGUAGUAGCUUACAACAACUUAAUUGAAAGUCCUCCAGCCUUUCCUGUCCCUUGUGCUGGUCAGAAUCCAGCCUCUCACCCACCCCCUGAUGAUGCUGAACAGCAGGCUGCACUUCUCCUGGCAUGUUCCGGGGAUCCUCUCCCUGUCUCUCUGCCUCCGGUGAACAUGUACGACCUUUUUGAAGCACUUCAGGUGCACAGGGAAGUCAUUCCCACACAUACUGUGUAUGCCCUCAACAUUGAAAGGAUCAUCACAAAACUCUGGCAUCCAAACCACGAGGAGCUGCAGCAAGACCAUGUCCACCGCCAGCGCCUGGCAGCCAGGGAGGGGCUUUUACUCUGCUGAAUUAGGAUAUUGGGGGCCCUGUGCAGUUCCCUGGGUAGUGGUAAUUGAGUGUUGCUUAGGUUCACAUUUCAAGACUGAAGUGUAUUGUGUAAAUAUAACCUUUCCUAUGGAAAUUUGACUUUUGAGUACUUCUGUGUUGCUACUGUGAAGCCAUUAAUACAGAUCUGACUUUGACAAUGGUGUGUGCGUGUGUGUGCAUGUGUGUGUGUUGUGUGUUCGAUCCCAAUUCCAGGAGUCAGUUCUAGUAAAAUUCUGUGCUUGGAAGGAGAUGUUUGGGCAUUGGAAACUUAGUAUCUUAACAGUCUGCAUGUGAGGUAGAUGAUUUCCUGAGUACAAGGAAACCAUUAAAACUAGUACCAUACCAUCAGCAGGACAUCUGUGUGUUCAUUGACAUUACAUAGUCUGUAUCUGGUAAGUCUAUAAAUUGGCUGCCUUUCUGAACAACUGUGUCCUUGUAUUUUGGUUGAAAUAACCUACAUUGUGCUAGAAAUCAGAUAUAUCUUACCAGUAAGUUUAAUUUUAGUAGAUAUGAGUAGCUUCUUAACACAUUCAUUAAGACUAUAGAAAAUAUGAAAUGCUGUACUAUUACACAAAAUAGUCCCUUCUUUACAUUUAAAUAUAAAACAAGAUUUAGAAGGCUUUUUGUUUACCGUAUAAAGUAUUUUUUUGUAACUUGUCUUUAUUUAUAGUUAAUAUGCUUAAACACUGAGGCAGUUUAAUCUAUUCCUAUAGGAUAUGUUUUAAGGCAUUCAUGUAAACAUUGAUUUUAUACUUGGUAGUUUCCCUAAGAGUCAAGUUUGUUUUUGCUUUUCACUUGCGAUAUUACUGUUGCAUAUAUUAGAAGGAUUUGUGUAGGUCCAAAUAAUAUAGAGAAAUGUGUAUUUGGUUCAAUAUCUGAAUUUGUGUUUUGAAUUUGUAUUAUUAAAUAUGGCAAAUAAACCUUUUGGGAGAAAA